UACCUUAACCGUGGGUAGUUAAACCAAGUCGUGAUGGCGAGCCGAAAAACUUCUCACCCAAAACGGGACAAUUCUGACAAAUACUCCAUCCUCUUACCAACCUACAACGAAAGAGAAAAUUUACCCCUGAUAGUCUGGCUCCUGGUGAAGUAUUUUGGUGAAAGUGGCUACAACUAUGAGAUAAUUGUCAUCGACGACGGAAGCCCGGAUGGUACACUAGAGGUGGCAGAGCAGUUGCAGAAGAUUUAUGGAGAGGAUAAAAUUCUUCUACGACCAAGAGCGAAAAAGUUGGGCCUAGGCACUGCCUACAUCCAUGGCAUGAAGCACGCUACUGGGAACUUUAUCAUCAUAAUGGACGCAGAUCUCUCCCAUCAUCCCAAAUUUAUCCCAGAAUUUAUUGAAAAACAGAAAGAGGGUAAUUACGACCUGGUGUCUGGUACUCGAUACAGAGGAAAUGGAGGUGUAUACGGCUGGGACCUGCGCAGGAAACUCAUCAGUCGGGGAGCCAACUUUUUGACUCAAGUGUUGUUGAGACCCGGUGCUUCAGAUCUCACAGGAAGCUUCAGGCUGUAUAAGAAGGAGGUCUUGGAGAGUCUGGUGGAGCGCUGCGUGUCCAAAGGGUACGUCUUCCAGAUGGAGAUGAUUGUCCGUGCCAGACAGCUCAACUACACAAUCGGAGAAGUUCCAAUUUCCUUUGUGGAUCGAGUUUAUGGAGAGUCCAAACUCGGAGGGAAUGAGAUAAUUUCAUUCGCAAAGGGACUGCUCACACUCUUUGCCACUACAUGAGCACUUUUAGGACAUAUCACAGUAACAUGAUUUUGAAUCUUUAAGCGGCUGUCUUGAAGACAAUAGCAGUAUGAGAAUUUUAACGAAAGGAAACUUGCUGAUGUUCAGACAGCUUAAUGAUGGCACAUGACAAGAGAGACUCUGUUGGCACUAAAUUUAAGACUAUUCUCUGUGAGCAGCCAUUGUGAAUACUGAUAGAACAUGGUGAUUUACAUUCCCAUCGUCUUGUUUGGUUGUACCAGAAGUUAGCACAUGGUGUAGUUUCUCAUCCUUUCCAGUGUAAACAGACUGAACGCUAAGGCUGUAAGAUAGGUUAAAACUGAAGUGUGCUGGCUUUAUCUGUGAUUGUAUAAAUAAACCAUUUGUAUAGUU